GUGAUUUGCAUCAACUUGCUUUCAAGAAACUCUGGGAGGUUCUGAAAUUCUUAAGUGAGGUGUAUUAUUUGCAAUAAAUUAGUCACCUAUCGAGCGUUCUUCCAGUUGCCAGUAAGAGGUGAAAGUCAGCAUUGCAGAAGAGUACCGAGGUACGGAGUAUGCGCAGUACCGAAAAAAGCGCUCAUAUAAAUAAAACCAUUUGCUGCGGUCACUUCUUGGAUAGUGCUUGAAUUUUCAGCAUGGCUGAUAAAAGAUUAUGGCUGUGUGGCUUAUUACUAAUUGCCUCUGUCGCUUAUGCACAAGACGAAGAUGAAGAGGGAGAUGAACUGCGAAUCGAUAAACUUUGCCAGGAUCGUCCUGCCGAUGAAUAUUUCAGGCUGAGUACAGAUGGAGACUGCAGAGAAGUAGUAAGGUGUGAUUUCAAUUCAGAUCUUAAGGGUGGUACACGAUUAGCGGCGGUCAAAUGUCCGAGCGGACUCUCUUUCGAUCUUGACCGUCAGACUUGUGACUGGAAGGUCAAUGUCAAAAAUUGUGAUAUUGUAGAAAAACCAAGAAAAGUCCUGCCGAUUUUGAAAACCGACGAACCAAGAUGCCCCGAAGGUAAACUCAUGUGCGGCAAUGAAGAAUGCAUCGACAAAGAACUCUUCUGUAACGGAAAACCCGAAUGCAAAGACGAAUCCGACGAAAAUGCUUGCGACGUGGAGACUGAUCCGAACAGAGCCCCUGAUUGCGACCCGACCCAAUGUAUCCUGCCGGACUGCUUCUGCUCUGCCGACGGUACUAGAAUUCCCGGUGGCUUGGAACCCACAAACGUGCCUCAGAUGAUCACCAUAACUUUCAACGGCGCCGUCAACGUCGACAACAUCGACCUGUACGAGGAGAUCUUCUCGGGAACCCGACUGAACCCCAACGGUUGCCAGAUACGCGGCAGCUUCUUCGUCUCGCACAAAUACACCAACUACUCGGCCGUGCAGGACUUGCACAGGCGCGGCCACGAGAUCGCCGUGUUUUCUCUAACCCACAAAGAGGAUCCCAAUUACUGGUCGCAGGGUUCAUACGACGAUUGGCUGGCCGAAAUGGCCGGCGCGAGACUGAUUGUCGAACGUUUCGCUAACAUCACCGACGGUUCAAUCAUAGGCGUGAGGGCUCCUUACUUGAGAGUUGGAGGCAACAAGCAAUUCGAAAUGAUGACCGAUCAGUUCUUCGUGUACGAUUCUUCCAUCACCGCUCCGCUGAACAGGGUGCCGAUUUGGCCGUACACUUUGUACUUCAGAAUGCCACACAAAUGCAACGGAAACGCGCAUAACUGUCCCAGUAGGAGCCAUCCGGUUUGGGAAAUGGUGAUGAACGAGCUGGACAGACGUGAUGAUCCCACUUUUGACGAGUCUUUGCCCGGUUGUCACAUGGUUGACUCGUGCUCGAACAUCCAAACUGGCGAUCAAUUCGCGAGGUUACUGAGGCACAAUUUCAAUCGUCACUUCAACACUAACAGGGCUCCGUUGGGACUGCAUUUCCACGCGUCUUGGUUGAAGAGCAAGAAGGAAUUUAAGGAGGAAUUGAUCAAGUUCAUCGAAGAAAUGUUGGCGAGGAAUGAUGUGUUCUUCGUGACUAAUUUGCAAGUUAUACAAUGGAUUCAAAACCCAACCGAGAUUAAUGGAUUGAGAGAUUUCCAGGAGUGGAAAGAGAAAUGCGAUAUCAAAGGACAGCCGUUCUGUUCAUUACCCAAUUCUUGUCCUUUGCACACUAGAGAAUUGCCUGGUGAAACUUUGCGACUUUUCACGUGUAUGGAAUGUCCUAAUAAUUAUCCUUGGAUAUUGGAUCCCACAGGAGAUGGUUUCUCAGUUAAAUAAUUAAUUUAUUCGUAUUUAAUAUUUUUUGUUUUGAAAAAUAGUACACCUCUAAUUUGGUUUAGAAAAAAUUAAAAGUUCAAAGAACUGAAAUUGUAUGAAGACUUGUAUAUAGUUGUAUUCAAUUCCAACAUUUUUUUAAUAAUUUUCAUUCUAUUUUUCCCUUGCCAAAACAUGCAUUUGAAUAACCAGAGAAAAAAAUCAUGUUAUCGACAUGUAAUAUUUGUUAAAUAAAAAAUGUUGAAAACCUUGA